CAAUCAUUGAAUCCUCUUUCCACACAAUAAAAACACAGAAAAUAAAUUCUUUUUUCUUUCCAUCUCUUUACACACACAUUUUCUUCCCUCCCAAGAUCUUUUUUUUUUUAGCACAAACCACCCAAAAUCUCAAUUCAUCUCUCUCUUUUAUUAAAUUCCAUCCUCUUCUCUUUCGCAGCAGCAUAUAUAUCAAUCAACAAAAAAAAAAAAGAAAAAAAAAAAAGAAAAGAUUUUUAUUCAUAUUUAUUUAUUUAAAUUCUGAAAUGUCUUUGGUGUAUACAUUUUUCAUUCCGGAGGAAGCCAUGGUGGAAGAAGAAUUCGAGUGGGAUAAUGAAACAUAGCACUCACCCAAAAAAAAAACCCAUUUUUUUUCUUUUAUUAUUUAUUUAUUUAUUUAUAUUACGUCGAUCUUGAUCACCUUCUUCAUCUGGGAUGUCAGCUGUAUUUACUGAUUCAAUGGUGAUGGCUAACGGGCCCGACGGCGGGCCCGUUAACGGCGCCGUUAAUAAACUACCAGGCCAAAUCGAGGUUGAUUUCGUUAAAUGCGAUUGCUGUGGGCUGACGGAGGAAUGCACCCUUUCCUAUAUUGAAACAAUUCGCGAAAGGUAUGGUGGGAAAUGGAUCUGCGGGCUUUGCGCAGAGGCAGUGAAAGACGAAAUAUUACGCUGCCAGAAGCUAAUAAGCCCGGAUGAGGCAAUAGCCCGACAUCUCAGCUUCUGCAACAAGGUUCGGGCUUCGGGCCCACCGCAGGAUCCAACAGUGCAUUUGAUUCGGGCCAUGAGGCGGGUCUUGAGGAAGAGUUUGGAAAGCCCGAAAUCUAUGCCGAGUAGCCCGACGAAGAAACGGGGUCAACUCAACGUGAAGGGUUCGGUUUUGGCCCGGUCGGAGAGCUGUAUGUCGAGUUUAACCCUGGUUGAUGCCUCGCUCUAUGACGGAAUUGAUGGAGGUUGUGAAUGAGAAGUGGAGGUCAAUAUGGUCAAUUUGUAAAGUAUUUUAAAGAAAUUGAGAAAGUGAAAUUAUCAGCUAACCGAAUAAUCUUGUUACUAUGGAAUAAAGAUGAAAUAAUUAUGUAAGUUUGAUCAUGUUUGUUUCUUGCCUUCAAUCAAGAUAAUGUUAUGAUCUUUCGAGU